GGUCAGAGUGAACUUUGAGUCGCUCUGCAGUGCAGGGCUUCAGGAAAUCAGGUCCCGCAGCUCGUCGUCUGCUUUACCAUGUCUCAAUAUACGUUCGAGUCGCUUGAGAAAACUCUAGAAAAAUACAUUCCAGCAGAUGAGUUAGCAGAAAUAAAGCGGAUCGUGUUCGGCAAAGAAACCAAAAGGCUUGAUUUACCAAAAUGUGCUACUAAAGCUGCUGAUGAGCGCAACUUUGAACUGGAAGGAUAUAGAUUUGAAGCUUCUAUCGAACAAUUACGCCCCCCUCGAUGUAUUCGAGUGGGUCUUAUUCAAAAUCAGAUUGUGCUUCCUACAGAUGCUCCUGUUAGAGAUCAGACUGCUGCCUUGCACAAGCGUAUUGAAGAAAUUGUAGAGGUGGCAGCCAUGUGUGGAGUCAAUAUUGUCUGUUUUCAGGAAGCCUGGACAAUGCCCUUUGCCUUCUGCACCAGAGAGAAGGCUCCUUGGACAGAGUUUGCAGAGUCUGCAGAAGAUGGACAGACAACUCGUUUCUGCCAAGAGCUGUCAAAAAAGUACAACAUGGUAGUCAUAUCUCCUAUUCUAGAGAGAGAUGAUAAUCACGGCGGUAUUUUGUGGAACACGGCAGUAGUUGUGUCAAACUCUGGAAAUGUUCUAGGGAAGAGUCGCAAGAAUCACAUUCCUCGAGUGGGUGAUUUUAAUGAGUCUACCUACUACAUGGAAGGAAACACUGGUCACCGAGUUUUCCAGACAGCAUUCGGGAAGAUUGCUGUGAAUAUCUGCUAUGGAAGGCAUCACCCUCUUAACUGGCUCCUCUAUAGUUUAAAUGGGGCUGAAAUUAUCUUUAACCCAUCUGCCACGGUUGGUGAGCUCAGUGAACCAAUGUGGCCCAUUGAAGCAAGAAAUGCUGCAAUUGCUAACCACUGUUUCACCUGUGCAAUAAACAGAGUUGGCACGGAGACCUUUAAAAAUGAGUUUACCUCGGGAGAUGGCAAGAAAGCCCACCAUGAAUUUGGCCAUUUCUAUGGCUCAAGCUAUGUGGCAGCUCCGGAUGGCAGUCGUACCCCUGGCUUGUCACGCACUCGCGAUGGUCUCCUUGUUGCUGAAUUAGAUCUGAACCUUAACAGACAGAUUAGUGAUAAAUGGAGCUUUAAAAUGACUGGCAGAUACGAGAUGUAUGCAGAGGAACUUAAGGCAGCUGUUCAACAUGACUUCCAACCUAAUAUUAUAAAAGAGUGACUGGAGGCAGUAUGCAUAUUCUUAGAAUAAACGGUUGUCUGCAUUAAUAAAAAUUGCAAUUCUUUUUCCAAAGCAUCCUUA